AUGUCUCAAUAUUUGUAUGAUUUAUUCGCUUGGUUGAUGAGCAAAAUAUGGGGAUUACUUCCCUUUAGACUUGCCGUGAAUCCGAGCGAGAAAGUGAUCAGAGAACAGCUUCGAACCCACUCCGUAGCUACCAACAACCAAGCACUACAAGAUUUGAUUGUAGAUAUCAUUUCUCAUUUGCCAUCGUUGGAUGAAUUGAUUGGAGAGCAACAGCAGCACGAACAUCAUGAUCAAGAACAUCACCAUCCGAAUGUGAUGGAAAUGAUUCCUCAUCUAUUUGAAGGAACCUUUAAAGAAGCUAUUGACUUUUGUAAAAACAAUGAUCAAUUAUUAUUUGUAUAUUUACAUUCACCUGGACAUGAUGAUUCAUAUGAGUUUAUUCAAAACGUUUUUUGUAGGAAGGAAUUCAUUGAAUUUGUAAAUUCUAAUUUUGUAGUUUUCUCAAGCUCUAUCAAAUCACAAGAAGGCUUUGCAGUUUCCAAUCAAAUUCAAGCAACUUCAUUUCCUUUCCUUGCCAUAUUAAUGGGAAACAAAGUAUAUUGGAAAAUGGAUGGCCUCUCUGAGUUGAUGAAUUCUUCACAACAAAGUGGUAUCCAUCUCAUUGAUGCUUUACUUACUCAAUUAAUUAGUGAACAUGAACGAUUGGAUGCUCAAUUAAUCAUUCAACGAAAUGAAAAACAAAUGAGAGAGUUUGAACGAAGAGCAAGAGAGGAACAAGACAGAGCUUAUGAAGAAUCAUUACGAAGAGACAGAGAAAAAGAAGAAAAAAGGCUCCAAAUGGAACGUGAAAAAGAGCGAGCACUCAAUCAAUUUAAAUUCAAGCUAUUCGAAAACGAGACAAAACGAAAUGAAAUCAGACAGAACUUGUUAUUUUAUAACAAUGAACCAAACUACAAGAAUAUCAAGCUUAAAUUGCCCAAUGGAACAGAAACUCAAAACAAAUUUUCAUUACACUUGACUUUUGGAGAUCUUCAUAGAUUUGUUCAUGCCUAUUCAGGUUCAUGGCAACCUUCAAGGUUUAGCAAACUUGAAACUGACUAUGAAUUGACUCUCAACUCAUUUCCAAAACGACAAAUUCCAUUCGAUGACUCACAAACUCUUUCUUCCAUUGAAGGAAAGGCUCUUUUAAUCUAUGUGAGAGAGGCAGAGCAUGACGAAGACGAACAAUUUGCCCUCCAACACUCUUUGUAA